AUGGCGCACAGGGCGGGUCGCCGCACGUGCCGCGCGCCGCGGCCAGGACCCCGGCUGGUCAGCAGGGACCCGAGCGCCUCCGCUUCCUCCUGCUCCUCCUCCCAGGGCCGUGGUCCGCAGCGCCCCGCCGGUGCGGACGGCCGGGGUCCGCGCUCUCUCCGGUGUCAGCCCUGCCCCGCGGCGGAGCGCUGCGCGCGGCUCUUGACUCUCUCGGCGGCUCGCGGAGGCCGAGCAGGGCGGGACGCGGCUCGGCGGCUCCCUCCUCCCUCGGCCAGCCCGUGGGCCUUUAUAAGCUGGGCCCCCGCCCUCCCGGCGUGCCCGCCCCCGCGCCUCCCCGACGGCCCGGCGCGCCCCGGCACCCACUCUGCGGCUCCACGCGGCCCGCGCCCCGCACUGGCCCUCACGCCCGCAGCGCCCCCUGGAAACCGUGGAGUGGCUCGGAGGCCCCGCUCGCAGGGCCGCAGCCGGGCUGGGGCUCGGGUGGGAGGCCCCGUGAGGUCCAACGAGGACUGGGGGCGCUUCCACCGGCGCCUCUGCCUGCCGCCACCACCACCACCACCACGGGCCCUGCCGUAA